CUCCAAAUUACAACUAGAUCAAUCUUAUUUAUCAAGAUCAUAACUUCAAUAAAAUGCCCCGACAGCUUCGUGCUCGCACAUCCCGACCGAAUUAUGCUUCGCUUGCAGCCAUAGGCGAUGAAAAAGACUUGAAAGCCAGUCCACCCAAACCAUCCUUCGACGAGGACGCGGAUAGCGGGAGUGACUUCGCACCGGACAAGCUUCCUGAAGAUGCCCCCGAAGAUUUACAGAACGACUCCGAAAAUCUUCUUGAAGUAGACGAGGAAGAAGCGGAAGUAGCGCCGAAACGAGGCAAGAAUCAGACUCUACUACUACUACUACUACUGCGGGCAACGCCGUCCCAUAAGCCCCCACCAAAAUCUCAGUCUGCGCAGGCAUCUACUUCUAAAAUAUCUGCUCCGAGAGCCGCGAAGAUGUAUGCCCUGCCAAAUCCUAGCGUCCACCAUCGACACAGAGCCAUGCCGGUUUUUCUUCGCAAGGAAAAGGUCGAACGACUUGAUGCUCCCCCCACGCUCUUCAACCCACCAAACAUCGUGUCAACCAAUAGUAUCACAUCAGAACAAUUUCUAACUGAUCGCAUCAGCAAGGCUUGGGGUUACAAUGUCGGCCCUGGUCCUGUAUGGAACAUCAUGGAAGACCGGUCAUGCUUCAAGGAGGCUUUGGAAGGGGAAGAGAAUCUAAUAAACGAGUCGUUCAGGCGACCCAGAGUUCAUCACGAUGUCGGGAUGAAAUCUGGAUGGACGAGACUGAACGAGUAUGAUUCUGCGAGGUAUUUGCCCACUGACACUGUAUUAACAGAUGACGGUCAACUGCGGCCCCCUGCUCCUGUCCAUUGUUUCCUUGGAUCGCAUAGUCGCCAGACUCGGGUUGAGAUGGCCAUGUUCGACAGUCAUGCUACAUCAGAAUAUAUGCCUGGAAGCAAAUCUUUCGUGUUCAAUGUUGGAUCUCCUGCGUGGGGUGCAGAUUGGUGUCCCACUUAUCCAGAUGACCGACCUUGUCGGGACUAUAAGCAUUACCUUGCGAUCGCCCCAUUCUCAUCGCGGUCGCAUUCACCAAUGAUCGGUGCGAAAGCUCAGCGUCCCGUUCCUGCUUGCGUACAAAUAUGGGGUUUGCAGUCCAAACGAAAGAACGCCUCACAAGCAGACCUCUCACUAGCAGGCGAAAUGAAGUGCGAGAUGGUCCUUUGCUUGGAGUCAGGGCCUGCGUUCGAAAUUAAGUGGUGCCCUCUUCCCUCGCAUGAUCAAUGGAAUGAAGUUCAUAUGGGAGAGCACCCGCGAAAGUUAGGACUACUAGCAGGCACAUUUGAAGACGGUUCGUUGUCCGUAUAUGUCGUUCCAGACCCAGAGGAUGUAAGGAGUAAAGAUGACGACCCAAUGCGUCCGACAUUUGUGCAUUUACCCGAACCACUUCUUCGGAUAGAGCUAGAGGAAACUUCCUGCUGGUCUCUUGACUGGGCUAAUAGCGAAAUCAUUGCUGUUGGUUGCACAAAUGGUUUCGUCGCUGUAUAUGACAUUGGUCAUGCAGUCAGAACAGGUCAAAGCCUAAACAUGCUCCCAACCCAUUAUAUUUCAAUACAUCAGUGCGCGGUGCGAGCCCUUGCAUGGAUUCGUAUCCCGCCGACGAAUGGCUCUGGCGUACCAUCCAUAUCCGAGGACCCAACGUUUCUGGCUACCGGCGGAUACGACGGCCUGGAAUGUCUGACUGACAUUCGAGAACCACAUGGGAAUAUUGUAAACAGGACACGGGACGUGAUCAAUAGCACGACGUACUCCGCAUUCGCAGGCGGACCGAUUAUGAUUGAUCACGAUAACACUGUUAAAGCAUAUUCAAUAUCUCCCAGUACGCUAGGCAGAGGGCAUGUACUUCUGGAGCCUGAUGGACCGGUGUGGAGCGUCAGUGCAUCGGACUACCACGCUCAGCUAGCGGUCGGCUCAGCAGAUGGCUCUUGCGUCACGACCAACACUCUGAAAUCAACAAGGAGAGGAGGGUCGGUCCCAUUUUUCGUCCACAAGAUCUUUCAGCUGGACUACAGCCGAAAAACAGGAGAGUUUCGUAUGUUAGACCAUUUCCUUCCGCAAGAAACUCAAGAAAGGUCCGCAAAUUCGAAAGGGAAACAAGCCAAAAAAGAUGAAUCUGAGACGAGCAUCAGUACUGGUGUAUGGCCACCUGAAGUAGGCGUUCAUCGUGUUACUUGGAACACGGGCAAUGGUCUGGGCGGAGCGCCUCUACUCGCGUCUACCACGGGUUCAGGACUGUGUAGGGUGGAUUGGUUGCUAGGACGUUGGAUCCGGAACAAGGUGCCAUAUGUGAAUGUGCCAAACAUGAGGAAAGAGGUCGACGACAUGAUGGACGAAGACAGUGGGGAUGAUUGACAUAUCCAAAAACGUUUUGUGAUUUCAAUGAAUGAGGAAUACAAAUUAGAAACUCCAUUGGGUAUUGAGUACGCAACACCACCCUUUCUCCGG